AUGGAUUCCCAGCUCCAUGUUUUCUCCUCUCCCUCAGUCUCCUCCAGCGCCUACACUCGCACCAAGAAACUGAAGGUAGAGAACAGUGUGUGGGAUGUGAGCAGCCAGGUGGGAGACAACAACAACACUUACUACCAGCAGGGCUCCAUCCGGGGGAAUGGAAACACAUCAUCCCACUCUGCAUCAAGUUUCAACCCAGCAUACAACACCUCCAACUCCAACCAGGGGUAUCCAUCAAUGGGGGGAGGCUCCCGGGAGCAGACAGUCGUACGGGCAGCAGACAGCACCGGCAGCAUCCGAGGACCCCCUUCCUCUUCAUCUUCCUCCUCCACCAGUCACCAUGUCAAGGAUUCUGCAUCCUCCUCCCAGCCAGUUGACCUAUACCACAAGCAGUACAGUAACAGCCUGAAGAGGAAGAGUGAGGAGGUGGACAGCAGUGAUAGUGUUCAGAUCCUGGAGGAGCUCUCUGCCCCUGUGCUCUCCAACCACCCCGCCGCUGGUGGGGGGACCACCACAGCCCAGUCAAUAGCACAUUCCACCUCCACCACUAAGAGUACUAACUCCCACAGUGAGGGGGACUACCAGCUAGUGCAGCAUGAGAUUCUAUGCUCUGUGUCCAACAGUUAUGAGGUGCUGGAGUUCCUAGGGAGAGGUACGUUUGGCCAGGUGGCUAAAUGCUGGAAGCGUGGCACCAAUGAAAUCGUGGCCAUCAAGAUCUUGAAGAAUCAUCCUUCAUAUGCCCGGCAAGGUCAAAUUGAGGUUAGUGUGACAAAGCAGAAGUGACUUUCUUGUAAGCUUUAACCAGAUAAAUUAGGCUGUCUGGUCAGAGCUUCAAUUGAAUUUGAAAAUUGUAAAGGUACCAUACAUGUGUACAUUUUGUAAAAGUUUGGGAAGGAGAUGACGAUAAAAAUAAUUUAACACAUCUACAGUGCCUUCAGAAAGUAUCAACACUCCUUGACUUUUUCCACAUUUUGUUGUGUUAUAGCCUGAAUUUAAAAUUGAUUAAAUUGAGAUUUUGUGUCACUGGCCUACACACAAUACCCCAUUGUCAAAGUGGAAUUAUGUUUUCAGAAAUGUUUACAAAUUCAUUAAAAAAUGAAAAUCUGAAAUGUUUUGAGUCAAUAAGUAUUCAGCCCCUUUGUUAUGGCAAGCCUACAUAAGUUCAGGAGUAAACAUUUGCUUAACGAGUUGCAAAUCAAAUCAAAUUGUAUUUGCCACAUGCGCCAAAUACAACAGGUGUAGACCUUACAGUGAAAUGUUUACUUACAGGCCCUUAACCAACAAUGCAGUUUUAAGAAAAGAAAAAAAGUCUUAAGUAAAAAAUAGAUAAGUAAAAAAUAGCAAAUAAUUAAAGAGCAGCAAUACAAUUACAGUAGGGAGGCUAUAUACAGGGGGUACCGGUACAGAGUCAAUGUGCGGGGGCACCGGUUAGUCGAGGUAAUUGAGGUAAUAUGUAUGUGGGUAGAGUUAAAGUGACUAUGCAUAGAUAAUAAACAGAGUAGCAGCAGCGUAAAAGAGGGCGUGGGGUGGGGGGGCAAUGCAAAUAGUCCGGGUAGCCAUGAUUAGCUGUUCAGGAGUCUUAUGGCUUGGGUGUAGAAGCUGUUAAGAAGCCUUUUGGACCUAGACUUGGCACUCCGGUAUCGCUUGCCAUGCGGGAGCAGAGAGAACAGUAUAUGACUAGGGUGGCUGGAGUCUUUGACAAUUUUUAGAGCCUUCCUCUGACGCCACCUGGUAUAGAGGUCCUGAAUGGCAGGAUGCUUGGCCCCAGUGAUGUACUGGGCCGUAUGCACUACCCUCUGUAGUGCCUUGCGGUCGGAGGCCGAGCAGUUGCCAUACCAGGCGGUGAUGCAACCAGUCAGGAUGCUCUCGAUGGUGCAGCUGUAUAACUUUUUGAGGAUCUGAGGACCCAUGCCAAAUCUUUUCAGUCUCCUGAGGGGGAUUAGGCUUUGUCUUGCCCUCUUCAUGACUGUCUUGGUGUGUUUGGACCAUGAUAGUUUGUUGGUGGUGUGGACACCAAGGAACUUGAUGCUCUCAACCUGUUUCACUACAGCCCUGUCGAUGAGAAUGGGGGCGUGCUCAGUCCUCUUUUUUUUUCCUGUAGUCCACAAUCAUCUCCUUUGUCUUGAUCACGUUGAGGGAGAGGUUGUUAUCCAGGCACCACACGGCCAGGUCUCUGACCUCCUCCCUAUAGGCUGUCUCAUCGAUGUCGGUGAUCAGGCCUACCACCGUUGCAUCGUCGGCAAACUUAAUGAUGGUGUUGGAGUCGUGCCUGGCCAUGCAGUCAUGGGUGAACAGGGAGUACAGGAGGGGACUGAGCACGCACCCUUGAGGGGCCCCCGUGUUGAGGAUCAGCGUGGCAGAUGUGUUGUUACAUACCCUUACCACCUGGGGGCGGCCCGUCAGGAAGUCCAGGAUCCAGUUACAGAGGGAGGUGUUUAGUCCCAGGGUCCUUAGCUUAGUGAUGAGCUUUGAGGACACUAUGGUGUUGAACGCUGAGCUGUAGUCAAUGAAUAGCAUUCUCAGGUAUGCAUGGACUCUGUGUGCAAUAAUAGUGAUUAACAUGAUUUUUGAAUGACUACCUCAUCUCUGUACCCCACACAUACAAUUAUCUGUAGGAUCCCUUAGUCAAGCAUUGAAUUUCAAACACAGAUUCAACCACAAAGACCAGGGAGGUUUAUCAAUGCCUUGCAAAGGGCACCUAUUGGUAGAUGGAUAAAAAAACAGACAUUAAAUAUCCCUUUGAGCAUGGUGAAGGUAUUAAUUACACUUUGGAUGGUGUAUCAAUACACCCAGUCACUACAAAGAUACAGGCGUCCUUCCUAACUCAGUUGCCAGAGAGGAAGGAAACUGAGGAUUGAUCAACAUUGUAGUUACUCCAUAAUACUAACUUAAAUUACAGAUUUGAAUAGAAGGAAGCCUGUACAGAAUACAAAUAUUGCAAAACAUGCAUCCUGUUUACAAUAAGGCACAAAAAUAAAACUGCAAAAAUGUGGCAAAUAAAUUAAUUUUAUGUCCUGAAUACAAAGUGUUAUGUUUGGGGCAAACACAACACAUCACUGAGUACCACUCUUCAUAUUUUCAAGCAUGGUGGUGGCUGCAUCAUGUUAUGGGUAUGCUUGUCAUCGCAAGGACUAGGGAGUUUUUUUGUUUUGGAUAAAAAUAAACAGAAUAGAACUAAGCACAGGCAAAGUACUAGAGGAAAACCUGGUUCAGUCUGCUUUCCAACAGACGCUGGGAGACAAAUUCACCUUUCAGCAGGACAAUAACCUAAAACACAAGGCCAAAUAUACACUAGAGUUGCUUAUCAAGAUGACGUUGAAUGAUCCUAGUUACAGUUUUGACUUAAAUCAGCUUGAAAAUCUAUGGCAAGACUUGAAAAUGGCUGUCUAGCAAUGAUCAACAACCAACUUGACAGAGCUUGAAGAAUUUUAAAAGAAUUAUGUGCAAAUAUUGUACAAUCCAUAUGGCAAAGCUCUUAAAAACAUACCCAGAAAGACUCACAGCUGUAAUCGCUGAAAGGGGUUUGAAUACUUAUGUAAAUGAGAUAUUUCUCUAUUUACAUUUCAAUAAAUUUGCUAAAAUGUCUAAAAACAUGUUUGACUUUGUCAUUAUGGGUUAUUGUGUGUAGAUGGGUGAGAAAAAUGUUUGAUUUAAUCCGUUUUGAAUUAUGGUUGUAACACAACAAAAUGUGGAAUAAGUCAAGGGGUAGGAAUUCUUUCUGAAGGCUCUGUGUCUGCCAUCCUCCUCCUGCAGGUGAGUAUCCUGAGCAGGCUGAGCACAGAGAAUGCAGACGAGUUCAACUUUGUGCGUUCCUACGAGUGUUUCCAACACAAGAACCACACCUGUCUCGUGUUUGAGAUGUUGGAGCAGAAUCUCUAUGACUUCCUGAAGCACAGCAAGUUCAGCCCGCUGCUGCUCAAGUCUAUCCGGCCUGUGCUGCAGCAGGUACGAUACAAUACAAUUAAUUAUUAUCCAUAAAGGGGAAAUUGUCUUGAACACUUUUGUAGUACUGCACAAUACUACUAUAUGCAAAAUAACACAAUACGCACAAUACACUGUACAUAUUGCACGUUACCCAUAUCAUACACAUCUUGUACAGCCACAUACAUAAUACAUACAGUGCCUUCGGAAAGUAUUCAGACCCCUUGACUUUUUCCACAUUUUGUUGCAUUAAAGCCUUCUAAAAUGGAUUACAUUUUAAAAACAUCCUCAGCAAUCUACACACAAUACCACAUAAUGACAAAGCGAAAACAGGUUUUUAGAAAUGUUUGCACAUUUAUUAAAAAUAAACAACAGAAAUACCUUAUUUACAUAAGUAUACAGACCCUUUGCUAUGAGACUCGAAAUUGAGCUCAGGUGCAUCCUGUUUCCAUUUAUCAUCCUUGAGAUGUUUCUACAACUUGGUUGGAGUCCACCUGUGGUAAAUUCUAUUGAUUGGACAUGAUUUAGAAAGGCACACACCUGUCUAUAUGAGGUCCCAUAGUUGUCAGAGCAAAAACCAAGACAUGAGGUCGAAGGAAUUGUCCGUAGAUCUCCGAGACAGGAUUGUGUCAGGCCUUUAUGGUAGAGUGGCCAGACGGAAGCCACUCCUCAGUAAAAUGCACAUGACAGCCCGCUUGGAGUUUGCCAAAAGGCUCCUAAAGACUCUCAGACCAUGAGAAACAAGAUUCUCUGGUCUGAUUAAACCAAGAUUGAACUCUUUGGCCUGAAUGCCAAGCAUCACAUCUGGAGGAAACCUGGCACCAUCCCUAAGGUGAAGCAUGGUGAUGACAGCAUCAUGCUGUGAGGAUGUUUUUCAGCGGCAGGGACUAGGAGACUUGUUAGGAUCGAGGCAAAGAUAAACAAAGUAAAGUACAGAGAGAUCCUUGAUGAAACCUGCUCCAGAGCACUCAGGACCUCAGACUGGGGCAAAGGUUCACCUUCCAACAGGACAACGACCCUAAGCACACAGCCAUGAUAACGCAGGAGUGGCUUCAGGACAAGUCUCUGAAUGUCCUUGAGGCCUAGCCAUAGCCCGGACUUGAACCCGAUCUAACAACUCUGGAGAGACCUGAAAAUAGCUGUGCAGCAACGCUCCCCAUCCAACCUGAUAAAGCUUGAGAGGAUCUGCAGAGAAGAAUGGGAGAAACUCCCCAAAUAAAUUUACAUUACAUUUUCGUCAUUUAGCAGACGCUCUUAUCCAAAGCGACUUACAAAUUGGUGCAUUCACCUUAUGAUAGCCAGUGGGACAACCACUUUACAAUAUUUUUUUUUGUGUGACUUCUUUUAAUUUUAUUUUAAUUUCUUUCCUUUGGGGUGGGGUAAGGGGGGGUAGAAUGAUUACUUUAUCCUAUCCCAGGUAUUCCUUAAAGAAGUGGGGUUUCAAGUGUCUCCGGAAGGUGGUGAGUGACUCUGCUGUCCUGGCUUCUUGAGGGAGCUUGUUCCACCAUUGGGGUGCCAGAGCAGCGAACAGUUUUGACUGGGCUGAGCGGGAACUGUGCUUCCGCAGAGGUAGGGGGGCCAGCAGGCCAGAGGUGGAUGAACGCAAUGCCCUCGUUUGGGUGUAGGGACUGAUCAGAGCCUGAAGGUACGGAGGUGCCGUUCACCUCACAGCUCCGUAGGCAAGCACCAUGGUCUUGUACAGCUGUGCCAAGCUUGUAGCGUCAUACCCAAGAAGACUUGAUGCUGUAAUCGCUGCCAAAGGUGCUUCAACAAAGUACUGAGUAAAGGGUCUGAAUACUUAUGUAAAUGUUAUAUUUCUGUUUUUUAUUUUUAAUAAAUUAGCAAGAAUUUCUAAAAUACUGUUUUUGCUUUGUCAUUAUGGGGUAUUGUGUGUAGAUUGAUGAGGGGGAAAAAAUAAUUAAAUCAAUUUUAGAAUAAGGCUGUAACGUUACAAAAUGUGGAAAAAGUAAAGGGGUCUGAAUACUUUCCGAAGGCACUGUGUAUAUAUGUCUUUACACUGCCACGUGUAUCAUCAGGUGGCCACGGCCCUGUUGAAGCUGAAGAGCCUGGGUCUAAUCCAUGCUGACCUGAAGCCUGAGAACAUCAUGCUGGUGGAUCCUCUCAGACAGCCCUACAGGGUGAAGGUCAUCGACUUCGGCUCCGCCAGCCACGUUUCUAAGGCAGUGUGUUCCACCUACCUGCAGUCACGCUACUACCGGUGAGUGCCAGUCAGGUUUGGGGUCAAUUCCAUUUAGAUUCAAUCAAUUCAGGAAGUAAACGGAAUAUUCCAAUAAGUAAAAUCGGCAUUGGAAUUUCAGUUUACUUCUUGAAUUGACUGAAUACAAAUUUAAUUGAGCCUAACCCUGGAGCAAGUGUCAUUUUGUGGCACAAGAUUCAACGUAGCCAUGGAUGUAUUGCAGGCUCAAUGUUAUAUACUCAUGUUAUCAACAUGUCCAAUGGUUUGUGUGUGUUGUUGCAGGGCGCCAGAGAUUAUCCUGGGCCUUCCCUUCUGUGAAGCUAUAGAUAUGUGGUCCCUGGGCUGCGUCAUUGCUGAACUGUUCUUGGGUUGGCCUCUUUAUCCUGGUGCCUCAGAGUAUGAUCAGGUCAGCAUCACCUCGUCUACUUUCAGUGAGACACUACACUGUCAUCCAUCAUUGACAUGUACUUGUUUCCUCCAUUUUGUUGAAGUAUCAGUCAUACAUGAAGUGGCUGGUUUCCCGGAAACAGGUUAAGUGUAGUCCUGGACUAAAAAGUUUGUUCAGUGGAGAUUCCCAUUUGAAGUGUUUUUUAGUCCAACACUAGGCUUAAUCGGUAUCUGGGAAACCGGCCCUAAGUCUGUUUGUGCCCAACCUCUGAUUAACGCUGUUGCUUUCCCCUUGGCUUCAUCAGAUCCGGUACAUCUCCCAGACCCAGGGCCUGCCUGCUGAAUACCUCCUGAGUGAAGGCACCAAGUCCAGCCGCUUCUUCAACAGAGGCCCUGACUCCAGCUACCCCCUCUGGAGGCUCAAGGUAGGGAACAUAUUAGGAAUCAUUUACAUUAUAAACAUGUAUGUUUCAAGUUUUAUUAGUUGUAUGUACAGGAUAAAGAUGGUAUACACCUUCCAACUAAAUGCUUACUUGCAGGUUCCUUCUCGACAAUGCAAAUAAUGCAAGAUAAAGUAAAUGGCUCAGUAGAAUAGAAUACAUAUUUUAGCAUAAGUAAAAUACAGGAAGGCAGGGGGGAUUGAGGGGCAAGUGUUUAAAUUGUGCAGUAUUAGCAAUAGUGGAUAAGAGUCUGGUAGCGGGAAUUGUGAUGUGUGUGUGCAUAUUGAUGACAUAUCUUGUUCACUGAUGUAUAUUGUACAUUAUCUUUUUAAUAGUAUAUAUAUUUUUUUUUUACAUUUUCCUUUUGUCUGUAGACUCCUUCAGAGCACGAGGCGGAGCUGGGGAUGAAGUCAAAGGAGUCUCGGAAAUACAUCUUCAACUGUCUGGAUGAUAUGAUGCAGGUGAGAGUGACUAGGUCGCCAUUCAUUCUAUAAAUCCAUUCUUGUCAUUAAUGUUUUGUAUUAGGCUUAUAAAUUGGUAUGUUGCAUAUCUCCAAUUUAUUUUAUUUCUUCAGAGGAGACUUGGAUGUUUAAAGCUGCAAUAUGCAACUUUUUGGGCGACCGACCAAAUUCACAUAGAAAUGUGUGUUAUAGACCAGUCAAUCUCAUUGAAAGCAAGUCUAAGAAGCUGUAGAUCUGUUCUAUGUGUGCUAUUUCUAUGCUUCCUGUUCUUAAGUUUCGUUUUUUGCUUUCGGCUUUGUACACCAGCUGCAAACAUUUUAUAUUUUUGGUUAUGGAAAAUUAAUUUCACAGCGGUUUAGACGGUACAAUGAUUCUCUACACUAUGCUGCCACAAACUGAAAUUAGGAGAAUUUUAGCAACCAGGAAAUGGCAGAGCGAUUUCUGCAUAGUGCAUCUUUAAAUGUUUACAUUUUAGUCAUUUAGCAGACACUCUUAUCCAGAGAAACCAACUUUCUGUAUGUUAUGGCAGGUGAACAUGACUAGUCUGGUGGGGACUGAUGUCCAGGCAGAGAAGGCGGACCGGAGAGAGUUUAUUGACCUGCUGAAGAAGAUGCUAACGCUGGACGCAGACAAACGCAUCACCCCGAUGAAGACCCUCAACCACCCCUUCGUCACCAUGACCCACCUGCUGCAUUUCCCUCACAGCUCACAGUAAGUAGAGGAUCGUCAGGACUAUUGUAUUGUGGCAUUUAUGUCAAAUGCAAUUUAAAUAAAAUUCUAUUUGAUUUCAUAUUAGUUUUUUUUGCCAAAGAGCUCUUACACACGAUAACCCAGGAUUAGGACAGCUUUGCAAAUCUCCUUGUUUUUCUCUUCGAGAUAAAACUUGUAUGAUUUUUCAGGCUUCUCUUCUCAUCAAAUCAAAUGUAUUUAUAAAGCCCUUUUUACAUCAGCACAAAAUGCUUAUACAGAAACCCAGCCUAAAACCCCAAACAGCAAACAAUGUAGAUGUAGAAGCACGGUGGCUAGGAAAAACUCCCUAGAAAGGCAGACACCUAGGAAGAAACCUAGAGAGGAACCAGCCUCUGAGGGGUGGCCAGUCCUCUUCUGGCUGUGCCGGGUGGAGAUUAUAAGAGUACAGAGUACCUUGCUCCUUUAGAUUCACAUAUGCCUUGAUAUUUCUUCUUCUUUUUCAGUGUGAAGUCGUACUUCCAGAACAUGGACAUAUGCAAGCGAAGGGUCAGCCCUUUCGAGAAUGGAAAGAAUCUGUUUUCUAGCAACAACACCCCCAGUGCAGCUACAAACCUCACUGUUACAUUUAGCAGCCAGCUCAACCAGCACAACCAGGUGAGACCUAAGGAUAUUUCCCCCCUUAAGCUAAUAUCUUGUAUCGUCAGACUUACUCAGCAAGUCCUAGCAUGAACAUUUUACAGCACAUAAAGUGUGUAAGUGAAAUGUGAUGAAUGGUUAUGUCAUGUUAUCCACACCAUGUCAGAUGGCGUCACCCGGUGGCCAGUCCCUAUCCCUGAGCAGCAACAUCCCUCUGCUGAACUACCAGCCGGGGCUGUACCAGCAGGCUACCAUUAACAUCCCAGGUCUCCACCAGCAGAGUGUCCCUCUGCAGAACAGACCCACCCAGCUGUGUGGCCAAGCUGAGCCCUUCCAGCAGACUCUCAUAGUCUGCCCACCCACCAUCCAGGGUGAGAACAGAUGGGGCAGGGUUAUAACAAUAGUUUGUUUGCCUCUUUUGCUGAACUCGAAUGAAGACCAAAUUCAUGUUGCAGCUAAGGAAAUAUAUUGUAAUGUGGGAGACCGCUUUCAGUGAUACAUGUUGUGUAGACUUAUGUGAUGUAAAACACAGGAGGAUCUGAACUUCAUAAUGUUGAUGUUGUCCAAUUGUCCUUAGUUAGAUGUAAUGUCUGCAAUCUGCAUCUGCAGAGCUGUAUGCAUUACAUUGUAACUAAUCUACCGCCUUCAUUUCUUCUUAGGCCUCCAGUCAUCCGGUAAACACUCUGGGUUGCCAGUGAGGAUGGAUAACUCUGUUCCCAUGGUGCCCCAGAACCAGUCCACUCAGCCUCUACAUCUCCAGCCUGGAAUGCUCACACAGGUACAGUAAGACUGAGUGCUGCAUGACCACCCACCCACAGCUUGACUCCAUGUGUGUCCAUUGAAAUCCUAUGAAUAACCAGAGUAAUAUUGACAGGAUUCAUCACACCAAGGUGUUUAGCCUCCUUAACAUCCUCUCCUUUCUUUGCGUAUCAGUCUGACUGAUUGGUGAAGGGAUGUGGAGAUCGGAUUUACCUUCCCUGUCUAGUUAUCUAACCCCUACAUCCCUACCUCAAACCUCCUCCCCACCAGGAAUCCUGCAAUCCAUUGAUGGUAGCCACCCUGCAUGCCCCUGUGGCAGGAAUGGCCCCUCUGUAUUCACUGCCCCUGGGCUGUGGGGCUGGAAGGCCUGGCCUACUGGAACAGAGCCCCACCAUGCUGGUAAAGCACCAACACUGCUACCCAACUGUUGCCCCUGUCUCCUCUGUACCCUUUUCUCCCCCGACACGUCAGGGGUGGGCAGAGCAUGGGACGCAUGUACUGCUGCUUACUCUGGUCUGUGCUUGCAGCAUCUAAUCUCUCCUUUUAUCCUCCCCUUCUAAAAAGAGAGCUUCUGCAUUAUGAUACAGAGACAGCUGAAUUUUCCGGAAGUCUUGCUGAAAUGUAAAUAGAUUUAACCAAAUGUAAAUUUGCCCUUCAUCACUGCAACCUUUGGAACCCCUGUUGAUUCAAAAUGUCAAUGACGUUGCUUUGGUCCUGGAAUCGUGCAGCAGACAUGAGAAAUACCACCUUAGAAUGCUGCCCCUUGAUUGUCUGUCAUUCCUCUGAGUUUCAGGUCUUAAACCACCUUCUCAGUUCCACAGAACUGUCUUCCAGGGCAUGUCUGCUUGGCUUGAGAGAAUGAACAGUUUUUUUCUUCUGUCAGUUGGAGUGCCGGUUUAAUGGUGUUUUGAUUUCAAACCUAUUUCCCUCCUCAGUGGUAACUAUUGAGCUUUUCUCUGUUCGGGUCAUGCUUUGGAAGUCUGGGGAACAGAGCCAAUCAUAGGAUGUUUUUCUUUCUCCUCUGAAUUUGAGCUUGACUCAGUGGGGGCCUGCUGGAUGCCUAUAGCUUGACUCAGUGGGGGCCUGCUGGAUGCCUAUAGCUUUCCAUGUAUGACAGGAGCAGACACUGAAUCAUGUCGGUCUACAAACUGCAUGUGCUCGUCAUGCCUCUGCCCAGUGGUUCUUGCAGAAUCCACACCCAGCCUGUAAUAGUCUGACUGUCAUACUCACAUGUAGCGCAGCAUUUUUCUAUUUCCCUUAAAACGGACUGUUCAACUUGCUUUCAUUGAUCUCAGUAUUAGUUGUUUUAGAAGCAAACCUAAAAUACAUCUGUUUGUUUGUUUUUGUGUGUGUACAGCAGGGCUGGCCAGCAGGCACCCAACAGAUCCUCAUCCCCUCCACGUGGCAGCAGAUGCCAGGCAUGUCCCUCCACAACCCCAACCAAACCCAGACGCUGGUCCCUGACUCCCCCAUGGGAGCCCCCCUCUCUGGGGGAGACAGCUCAGGACAACAUGCCUCACACUGGAGGUGAGUACUGCAGUGCUGUCCCUCUGGGCACUAAGGCCAUAUCAUUGUCCAAACAGCAGAAAGUUAGAGGAAUCACAAAGGAAGGCAGAGGAAGCCCUAAUUUGAUAUUUUCUUACAUUAUUUUUUAUCUAGGUUACAGUAUGUGGAGACGUUGGAUGGUUCAGAUAAUAUUGUGUUGUUCUGAUUCAAAUAUGCUAGGGAAGCUAAUUCCAAGUUGUUGUUAUGCCAGGGGUUGUCAUGGCAGUCAUUACCAUGGCAUCAAACAGCAGGACCAUGCACUGGGGCGUCAUGCUCCUGCGGUCCUGUCUCAAGCAAGAUCCCAGCAGGGGAAAAGGUCUAAGGCUCGACAUGCCGACAGUAGGGCCAGGUAACUUUCAAACCAAUGGCAAGGUCCCAAAAUACUCUUGUAUACUGUAUGGUUCCCUUCCUCAUCAGGUAUGUGAUUUCUAUGAAUCAGUGAGAGCUUUAUGAUUUAUGACUUUCAGAUCAAAAAAUUAAAUAAAAAAAAGCACAUUGAAACAUCUCAAUAUACUUUACAUUUUAAAUGACAUUUGUCCCUUUGCAGGCCUGUGUCGUCGCUGCAGACAUCCGCUCCUGUGGUCCACAACACCCCUCUGCCUGCCUUCAGUGGUGAUCCAAUUGUCAUCUCUGAUACUCCCAGCCCUGCUGUCAGCAUUAUCAUCAUCCACAGUGACACAGAGGACGAGGAUGGCGGGAAGUUCACUGCUGCCAGGUGAGGUCACAUCCUGUCUAUUCUCAUGUAUCCACCUAAUGUGUGAAUGAAUGAGAGACAAUUGAGAGACACUGCUGUUUUGUUAAGUUGCUGAAAUCAGCACCGUGGAUGACCCUGGCUUUUGCCUCAACCCCUCGGGUGUGUGUCUGUGUGUCUCAAGGGGUUGGGUUGAAAGCAAAAUAUAAAUGUUUGUGUUCUAAAAAGAAAAUCAACGAUAAAGUCUUCUUUUCCAUCAUAGCUCUGGUGCUAACCAGCGGGCCAACGUGAUCAGCUGUGUGACAGUCCACGACUCCCAUGACUCUGACUCCUCCACCAGCAGUCCCCUGAGCCCCAACCACCUGGCCAACAACUCCUCAUCGUCCCAGACCUCCCACUCCUUCUCCAAGUCUCUAGCCAUCAUCCUGCCCUUAGUGAAGACCCAGUCUGGGGAGAGCAGAGCACAAAAAACAGGUCGGCAUGGUAACACACCUCCAUUCUAGUGUUCCUCCUACUAUUGUAUAGGUGGGGCUGCCCACCUGCCUAGUUAUGUUGCCUUUCACCUUAAAUCAUUUGGUUUUAUUGAUUUUCAGAUCAACCUGCUAAUGUCUCUGGUAAAUCCAGGAAGGGGACAGCUCAGCAGUCCAGAAGGGCAGGAGGGACCUCCAGCUCUGAUCGCCACCAGAGGGCCACAACUAGCAGAUCCCAACCACUCAACCUGUGUCAGGUAAGGCUAUAUGGUUGAUCUCAAUUGUCAUGUCUUAAGGUUUUAUUUAAAAUGUAGUUAUCUAGAAUGUGAAUGAAGUGAUAUAAAUUGUAGCCAAUAUUUUCCUCUCCAGGUACAGCAGUCUGUGAUGUCAUCGUCACAAGACAGAACAGGAGGCAACAGUUCCUUGCGCCGUCAGCCCACUUACCCUCCUCCCGUCUCCUCCAACUCCUCUUACUGCCUGCACGAGGUUGCCUCCAUCUUCACCUCUACUCCUAACCUGUACGCCUACCCUGCCUCUGCCGCCCUGGCCUCUGUCUCCCAGGCCGUGGACCAGCUCCACACCGGCAGCUCUUCUCGACACGCCCGGCCCAACGGGCCCUACUCCUCCCUGGGGCUCCUACAUGCCCAGGGACAGUACCACCAGCAGCAGCAGCUGGCGGCCCAGCCUUACCCCGUCCCCCAGUCCAGCGCAGCAGCCUACCAGCUCAGCCAGAGGAAGCUCAGUCAGUACCCCUACCUGUGA